AUGCCAGAAUCUGACUCUGGAACCGAAGAAAAAACUCCACACUCAAACACCCCUGUAACUCUUUCUGCCGACCAAUUUGCAGAACUUUUGAGACUAAGUAUGUCUCAUAAAUCUGAAAAACCUCCAAAACAAUAUCCUCCAGACGAACCCCAACCAGAAUCACUGGGAGAUAUCAAACUCGUCGCAAAGCUCGACGGGGACAAUUAUCCUCUAUGGGCGAGAAUGAUGGGAAGAGCCAUCGGAGGGAAGAGCCUGACAUCUCACAUCACUGGAGUUUCAGACCCUCCCUCGCCAACCGAUCCGAUCUACCCGAAAUGGCAGCAACGCGACCAUUGUUGCUUCAAUUGGAUCAUCAACAACAUUGAUCCGUCUCUCGUAAACCAGGUUUCUCAAUACGAGGCAACCAAAGACCUAUGGGAAGGUCUAGCCAUCACGUACGAAAGCGGAGCAGACCCAUUCCAAGUAUCAGACCUGCACAGACAAGCGUAUGGAAUGAAGCAAGGAGGAAUGACAUUGGAGGCACUAUGUAAUAAAUUCCAGGACCUAUGGUUAUCCAUAGACAGCCGCGACCCCAAUCCAAUGGAUACGCCCUCAAGCAUCAAAAAUACAACUCAAUCAUUCAAAGGCACAGAGUCUACUAGUUUCUAUGGGCUCUCGACGAUCGAUGUUAGAACCGCCUAUGGGAUCAUAAGGCGAGAAGCUGUCAAUGCCAGAAUUAGAUCAUCCAAGACAGAAACGAAGGAUUCCGAGAUUGGAAUCGGACUCAGUGCGGUAGACAGGAACAGAGGGUUCAACCAACCCAAAUUCCAGUCCAAUCGCAAGGAAGAAGACAAGAGUAAACUCACAUGUACACAUUGUGGGGGAAAGAAGCAUACCAGAGACACAUGUUUUCUGAUUCAUGGAUAUCCCGAAUGGUGGGAUGAAAUGAAGAAGGCAAGGGCAAAUCGAAAUUCAAAUCGAGGAGGAGGGGGAGGCAGAGCAGCCAUAGCGGUCGGAGAGCGAGCUACCUACACCGAAACUCCAUCGGCGGGCAGCGUCGCGACUCCAAUCGCCACCGGAGAAGAUAGAAGCAGAAACGGCGAUGAGAAGAAGGCAGUGGCAUCAGCCUCGGUGGUCAGAGCAUGGUCUGAAGGAUAUCAAGACGGGGAUGAUAGUUAG